GCGCAGCUUUCCGUAUCAAAACACGGAAGCGGCGACGGCAGAAUUCUAAAACUACAACCAGACACAAAAAUGUAUAAAAGGAUCAGAUAUCACUGUAACUAGCUGCAUUAUACAUUUAUUAACUUUAAUUUAACCACUCAGUGUAUUCAAAACGUUUUAGUUAUUGUUCAUAUUUAUUUUAUAUUCGUAGUUUAUUGAUGUUUUCAGGAGACAGCUAACGAGGCUAACAGGUUAGCAUGGGUCACAACAUGUUCCGGACCGGCUUCCUGGUUCGGGCCACACACACCCUGCUGACCUGGGUGAUAACUCUCACACUGUUCCUACACAACACAGAUCUGCGGAAGUGUGAGGAGCGAGGAGAGCUGCUGCUGCCGGUUCUGUUCUGCCUGGUGGUCGUGCUGUCGGUGCUUUUAUACUUUGCUGUUUCUUUAAUGGACCCUGGCUUUGUCCUCACAGACGCUGCAAAGGGCGUUCAGGGCUCCAACGAGGAGAUGGAGACGAUGAUUCCUCAGUCUGCGACCCCUCGGCUGCGGCGCUGUGGAUACUGUCUGCUGCAGCAGCCAAUGAGAGCCAAGCACUGCCAGACGUGUAAACGCUGCGUCCGGCGCUUCGACCACCACUGCCCGUGGAUCGAGAACUGCGUGGGGGAGAGGAACCACCGCUGGUUCAUCGUCUACCUGCUGGUGCAGCUGCUCGCUCUGCUGUGGGCUCUUCACAUCGCUCUGUCUGGGAUCUCAUCCAGCGUGUCGUGGGAGCUGUGGUUCAGAGUGAACGGCUUCCUGCUGGCGGCGCUGGGCGUGGUCGGUGUUUUCUCCGUGGUGGUCGUGCUGCUGCUGGGCUGCCACCUCUACCUGGUCUCCGUCAACUGCACCACCUGGGAGUUCAUGUCUCGACACCGGAUCUCGUACCUGAAGAACUGCGGGGACGAGGAGAACCCGUUCGACCGAGGAGUCUUCUGCAACCUGUGGGAUUUCUUCUGCAUCUGCAGGACGGUGAUGUGGGAGAAAAUGUACCAAAGAAACACCUGGAAUCCAGUCUGACCUCCAAACAGACCACAGCUCAACAUCUGGACUCGAGUCAGACGAUACACUCAGG